CGUAAAAACAAACGCAAAUCAGUAUUUAGCAGGAUACUGUUAGCUAGCUAAUAUAGUUUGUUAGCAAGCUCUUCAACUAACGACAGCUCGCCUAAUUAAAUAUAACUCGUGCGAGGUAACAGCUUACCUAUCUGAUAAGUUUGUUCUGUGGAAGGGAAUUUCAAUGAAGAGUACUGUGGAAUUAUAAUACACUGAUCAUGACAACUGAGACAUACGUCAAGGACAUCAAGCCUGGGCUCAAGAAUUUAAACGUCAUCUUUAUCGUACUGGAAACAGGUAGGGUUACAAAAACCAAGGACGGGCAUGAAGUGCGUACCUGCAAAGUUGCCGACAAGACCGGCAGCAUUAGCAUAUCAGUAUGGGAUGAGGUGGGGGGGCUCAUCCAGACCGGCGACAUCAUCAGACUUACCAAAGGGUAUGCUUCAGUUUUCAAAGGUUGUCUCACUUUGUAUACAGGGAGAGGUGGCGAACUACAGAAGAUUGGAGAAUUCUGCAUGGUGUACUCUGAAGUGCCAAAUUUUAGUGAGCCAAACCCAGAAUAUUUGGCCCUGAUGAACAAGACGGGGCUCAGUGACCAAGGAAACAGCAUGAGCAGCAACAGCAAUGGUUCAUCUACUCCUAGUAAUGAUGCCACCAAUGGAAAUGGAGUAAAUUCUCAAACUGCCACCCCCACUGGUGUGCAGCAGGGUGGCAGAGCAAGUAGCAGCAGGGCAGCAGGUGGCACCGUGAGCAAUGGGAAGGAGACACGGCGUUCAGCCAAAAGAUAAUCGCAGCUACCCAACACACUAGAUAUUCUUUUGAAAAACCACAUGGUUCAUUGCCUGUCUUGUUGACAUUAAUUAUUGGCAUGUAAUGUUACAGUGCCCUGUAAUCUUGACUUGAACAAACUUGGUAAAUGUGUGCCCUGCAAAAAUGAUUUGGAGCAAGUCAAAUAUAAAUGGGUUAUUUCAAAUUUUUAACAUUUGUAACAGUUGAAGGGCUGUAAUUAUUGAUAUUUUAAAAGCCAUAAUACUAGUCUUUCCUAUUUGAAAUUAACAUGCAUCCAAACCAUAAAUUUGUGAGUAGUCUGAAAGAACCUUAUACUUUCAUGCUCUGUUCAGGAUUAGGGUAGCUUUUUUUUUUUUUUUUUGCUGUAGAUUUUUAUUGAAGUGUUUUAUUGAGCAGGGAGGGGCAAUGUUAUUAGAAAACUAAUUGUCUUUUCUAGUUUCAGAAUGUGUGUUUGUUUAAACUUUACCAAGUGACGGUAGGUGCAACUGGCGUUUUCAUCUGAAAUGUUCAGUCACAUAAGAUAAUAAAAGGGCAAGGGAAUACUUUGUACUAAACAUACAAACUUAAGUCUAAUCUGCAAAACAUGGUGAUAGUUUUGCUGAUGCUAAUGUAUAUUUUUCAUUUAUAUUUUCACCUUUCACACAUAAAUGAAAAAAUAUUCUGUAUACUUUAUGUUAAUGUUAGAAUAAUACUUUGUCACAGCAAGGUCUGCAGGAAUGUGUGAUGACUUUUUAAGCUGUUUGUCCAUGUGUGUGCUCAUAAUUACACUUCAUUGGAUAUAUUGUAAUAUGAUGAAAAAUUAAUCUUUACUGGUACAACUACAUUUUUUAAGCAAUAAUUUCAGAUGAGUUUAAGAAAGACAUGCAUCCUUUUGUUAUACAUUAAAGUUAAGAAUUGAAUUUAGUAGGACACUUGAGACUGUACUGUACCCACAGUUACUCUGCACUGUCCCCAUCCCUCAGGGCAAACAUGCUUUUUCCCCUGUGUGUGUGUGUGUGGGAGAGAAAGAACAGAUGUAGAAUUGGAAUUUUUCA